AUGCAGAAACUAAAUUAAAUGCCACUAACUAACUUAUAAAGUGAUGGAGAUGUAUAUCCAGUUCCAGAAACAGGAGAUACUGAAAUGUGUAGUUUGUUAACAUCACCUUAAACAACUGGUAAUUCACUAAGAAAGACUUCAUUUUAAAGUCCUUUUAAAUAAAGAAAAUCUCACUAAAUUCUAGAAUAUACAGAAUAAUUAUACAUCUGGAAUUCGUAUCUUUCCAGAAAAUUCUCUAAGUCCUCGUUCCAACUUGAAUGA